AUGAGAGACCAGAAUAAUGAAUUCUUUUAUGACAUCGAGAUGGAUGAAGAUAAUAGAAUUACUAAUGUGUUUUGGGCAGAUGCUCGAAGCCGAGCUGCUUGUGAGGAGUUCGGUGAUGUCGUGUCGUUUGACACCACGUACUUAACCAACAAGUACGACAUGCCAUUCGCUCCAUUUGUCGGAGUUAAUCACCAUGGACAGUCAAUCUUACUUGGUUGUGGAUUGCUUUCAUCAGAGGACACUUAUUCAUUUAUAUGGUUAUUUAAUUGUUGGUUAAGAUGCAUGGGGAACAAGGCGCCCAACAGUAUUGUAACCGAUCAAUGCAAGGCCAUGGCUAAUGCAAUUGAAGAAGCUUUCCCAAAAACAAAACAUAGGUGGUGUUUGUGGCACAUAAUGAAAAAAAUACCUGAAAAAUUCCAAGGGUAUAAGAAUUAUGUUGGGAUCAAGUCUGAUAUCAAAGCGGUUGUCUAUGAGUGUGCUACUGCAAUUGACUUUGAAACCGGUUGGAAACGACUACUUACCACACAUGGCUUGGAAAGUAAUGAUUGGCUAUGUAAUUUGUACAAAGAGAGAGCGAAAUGGGUUCCAUGCUACUUGAAGAAUCACUUUUGGGCUGGCAUGUCAACUACUCAAAGAAGCGAGGGAAUGAAUGCUUUCUUUGAUGGUUUUAUUAAUUCCACUACCACCUUGCAACAAUUUGUGAUUCAAUACGAUAAUGCUCUAAAGGUUAAGGCACAAAAAGAAUUAGAAGCUGAUUUUGCCUCUCUAAAUACAACAGUUGCAUGUGGGUCUCAAUCACCAAUUGAGAGACAAUUUCAAGUUGAGUACACUCAUGCAAAAUUUGAGGAAGUACAAAAUGAGUUUCGAUCAAGGAUGAAUUGUUUCAUUAAAGACACAGUGAAGGAAAGUAUUUUCAACAUGUACACAAUCAAGGAAGAGUGCAUGUGGGAGGGAAAAUGUGUGCCAAAAUAUUACCAUGUUCAAUUUGAUCUUGUUUUAAAAGAGAUUACUUGCUCCUGCCUAUUGUUUGAGUUUAGAGGCAUUAUAUGUAGGCAUUCGCUAUUGGUUCUAGGUCAGGAAGAUGUGCAUAAUGUACCCUCAAAAUAUGUACUUCCCCGUUGGAGCAAAAACAUCAGAAGAAAGCAUACACUUAUUAGAGCAGCUUAUAGUUCUUUACAGCAUGAUCCCAAGAUGCAAAGAUACCAAACUUUGUGUAAGCAGUUCUAUAAUCUGGCUGAGGCUGCAUGUGAAUCAGAAUGUGCUUCUGAUCAGUUGGAAAAAGAUUUGAAAUCUCUUGCUAAAAAGUUCGGUUUGAGCUCAAGUCUGAAAAAUAAUAUCGUAAGUGAGGGAGGACAAUUAAGGUAUGAGAAUGCCGUUCCAGAAAAUCCAUCCUACAAUACAUGCGGAAGUAGUGACGUACUUGUUCGCAGUCCCGUCGCGGUUAAGCGAAAAGGCCGACCAAGAACUAACAGAUUGAAAUCAACCGUUGAAAGUAGGUGCAAAAAGAAAUCGAAGGCAACUAAAAGAAAUUCUUCAACAACACCUUGUGAACCAAAUGUGAGACCAUUAAAUGUUAGUUUUCCUAUAAUUAUCAUUAGUACAAAUAUUGAUAUCUUCUGUUACGUGUUGGUAAUGCGUGUUACUUUAUGCACUCAAGUAGCCACAACAUUUAAUGGAGCACAAAACCCCCAGGACAUGGAAUAUGCAUCCCAAACAAUUCAGAUAUCCCAACUAUCUGAAGUUGCUCCUAAUGGCUUCAUGUCCUUGCUCUCUGCGGUCCAUAACACUUUUGAAAAUAUAUAA